AUGGCUCGUUUCCUCAUAGUUGAACUUUGUUUUUCUCGUAUUUCUUUCGACGUUUCCCCUGCGAUAAAGCAAUUUGAGGAGACGCUGCCUCUGAUCCUGGAGACGAUGUUGAGUAUUUGCCUCAUGGACAUAGAGACGACUGUCCGCGCAGCCUCCAAGAAGGUCCUUAAAGACAUGAGCGUCUCGGUUGAGGUGAGGCGCCUGCGGGCAGAGGCGCUCGUGAAGUUGGGCAAAGGAAUUCAGCAGGAGACAGAGCGAUUCAAGACGCAGCACAAAGACGACAAAGUCGAUCCCCUCAGACGCAUGGAAGAUGCCCUUAUCAAGGCAGCGCAGAAGGCAGAUGAGGAACGGUACAAGAGGGAAGGCGACCAUACAGGGCCACCGACCCCGCCUGCAGCUGCUGCAGCAGCAGCUGCUGCUGCUGCUGCUGCCGCUGAGCAACCGCAGCAGCAGCCCACAAACUCUUCACGAGCUGCGCCGGACUUCUUGUGA